CCAGCCCACCCCACUCGCACAGGCUCCAGCUCUGCUCCCCAAACGGCCAAACCCAUCCCAGCCGUCAACCCUAGCGACGGCGGCCCGAGCGGCGGAUCGGCAGAGCGGCACCGGCACGGCAGGGGCAGGGGCAGGGCGCAGGGGCGGAGGCCGGAGGAGCCGCGCGCUCGCGUCGCCGCGGGACGCAGCCGCCGAGCCGCGCAAGAGCGACCUCCUGCUCCCCGGCUGCCCUGCUCGGCGGGCGGCGGCCAGGAGCAGGACGCGGCGCGGCGCGUGCAGGCGGGCCGCGUGCGGCCAGCCGGGUAGCCGACGUCCGGCGACCAGGGAGCGGCGCUGUGCUUCAAUUGCUAGGAUGUUCUCGCUGAGCCUGAUUCAGCAUGACCUGCCGAUGCCGCCGCACCUGCUGAGCCGCCCCCUCCUCGACGCCAUCAAGGCCGAGCUCGAGAGGCUCUUCCUGGACAAGGUUAUCGCGAACCUUGGGCUGUGCGUGUCUGUCUAUGAUAUCCGAUCCGUUGAAGGCGGGUCCAUCCAUGCGGGAGAGGGCUGCUCGAUCUAUAGAGUUUCAUUUCGUUUGCUGAUGUUCAAGCCCUUUAAUGGGGAGGUUCUUGUUGGGAGAAUUAGCGGAUAUGAUGAUAAGGGGUUGCAGGUUUCACUUGAUUUCUUCAGUGACAUAUGCAUCCCUGGACAUUUGAUGCAGUAUGGCACAGUGAGGGGACCAGAUGGUAGGUGGAUGCUGAAGACCGACGAUAAUGAUGAGCUAUAUCUAGAUCUUGAUGAUGAGAUAAGGUUCUUGGUAUCUAGCACAAAGUACAUGCCUAUCCCAAUUAACCAAAAGGAGGGUGAUCCACCAUUUGCUCCAAUGCAGAUUGUUGGAAGUAUUAAAGGAGAUGGUCUUGGUCUUCUUGCUUGGUGGUCAGCUGACGAAGAGGGAGAGGAGGCGGCUGAGCAAUAGUAAAGUGUUGCUUAAGGGAUCUCUUUGUGUAGUUUACAAUCUCAUCCUACUAGCAUGUUACGUAACCUAUAUAACCCCGAUACUUCAACAUGACCCCGUAUCACGUAUCCGAUACGUAUCCGCGUAUCCGUAUCCGAUACACCUUUGUGCCUUUAACUUUUGCAGAAAUUUGACGUAUCCACGUAUCCGUAUCCUUCCGAUACCGAUACGCGUAUCCGUAUCCGUGUUGCAUAAGGUAACUGUAUCUAGUAGCAGUAACAUGGUACUUAGGGAUCUUACAUGGUUUUUACAUAUUAUGUAUUCUUUUUGAGUCGGGCGUGCUGGAUCUCUUCUGGCACUCCCAGUUGUUACUGCUGCUGCGACCUAUUGCCGUCGAUUUCUUAAAAAAACCACCAAAGAAAAGUAGGUCAGAUUCUUAGAAGUUAUGUAUGUAUGUAUGUAAUACCCUUAAGUUUUCUGAAUAUUUUGUUAGAUGUAUAAACUUAUAAUAUGGAGUAUUCUCCCUGCAAGGAUAUUUCAGCAGGCCAGCACCACAAAAGUUCACAUUUAACCAGUGUGCUUGGUAUUAUGUCCAGCAAGCAGCUGGGAAAAAGAUCUGGGGGUGGUGAAAGCAACAUUUGAUGUAUAAAUUUCCUGAAUUCCUGUUAUGUAUAAAGUGCAACAUUUGCAUGUG